GCACCAUGGGCAAGCUCGGGAAGCGCCGCAAGGCCAAGCGCCUGGCUGCUGCUAUGGCGCACCGCUCGAGCGAGGUGUACAGCGGCUCUGGAUCGUCCAACGGAGCGUCAAGCUCCCUCCCUCCGGCGGCCCAGGUCGAUGCCGCUGCCGCCGUGGUCCAUGCUCUGGCGGCGGCGCCGGUCUCUGACCUCCGCGGGCCGCAGCUCCGAGCACUCCGAGCGGGCAAGACAUCGGAUGCUCUCCGGUCCGGCGACUAUGCCGCUGCCAUCGAUGCCAUGGCCGCCGCUCGCGCCCUCACCGUCCCCAAGCUCGGCACCCUCCAGCGAUGGGUCCGCGAGGCUGACUUUGCCGGCGCCGCCCGCGGCGGUGUCGACGGUCUCAAUUGGAUCGUCCUCGACGCCAUCCUCCGCACCGCCGGCCAGCUGCCGUUUGAUCCCGCUGGCGCGCCCGUGGCUCGCACCGCCGGCGACGGCCAUCUGCAGAUCUACGAGCCGUGGGCCCCGCUGCCGGUGCAGGGCGGAAAGACAGACACCGCCGACGCCGCCACCGGUCCGCUGCUCCCGCCAGAGAGCCUCACCGUCGUCGCCAAGGAGGCCCGGUGGAAGGGCAUGCGUGAGCUCUCCAUCUACUCCACUGACGCCGUCAUCGUCGCCGCCAUCCGCCCGCCCGACCUCGCUCCGUCGGCUCGUCUCGACCUGCCGUUUGUCGAUGGCGCCUUUGUCGUCACCCACGCCCUCGCGCCGUCAGAGUGCGCUGCCAUCGUCGGCGCCGCAGAGGCAAUGGCUUUUGUGCCCGACGCCGAGUACGCUGUCACUCCCGAGAACUCCGAGAUCCAAGGCCGCGCUGCCGCAGGCGUCGUCUGGCUCGGCUCGGACCAGCUGAUGGACGCGCUCUACACCCGUGUCGCCCCUUUCCUGCCGCCCCAUCUUGGCGGCGGCAACCUCGUCGGCCUCAACGCCCGCCUCCGCGUCUACCGCUACGAGGCCGGCGCCGUCUACCGGCCACACGUCGACGGCGCAUGGCCGGGCUCGGGCCUCGUCGACGGCAAGUACGGCUUUACCGGCGGCUCGACCACGUUCUUUGGCCCGUCGCGUUCCGAGGGCGUCGUCUCGGCUCGCGGCGUUGUCCCGCGCAUCGGCGCCGCGCUCUUCUUCCCGCACGGCGAUACCGCAGGCGCGCUCGUCCACGAAGGCUCCGAGGUCCUCGCCGGCACAAAGUACAUCAUCCGCUCCGACGUGCUGUACCUCAAGCCGACUGCUGCCCUCCUCGGUCCAUCUCCUCCCAACGCCAUCAACGCCAACGGCAAACGCAUCCGCGACGCCGACGCCGACGCCGACGCCGACGCCGACGCCGUCUCGUCACCACCCAAGAAGCGAUAA